ACUCACUCAGUCUGUAUGUGUUGUGGGGCGUUGCUAGUGCUGGUGUUAGUAAUGGUGCUAUACUGGUUGAAAUAAUAGCAACUACGACUACUACUACUACUACUGCUACAACUAUAGGCAGGAGGCAACAGCAGCAAUGAUGACCAGCAGUGUUCAGCUCAAAAUGGUGAGGGCGGCACGGGCGGGGGACAUGGGGGGAGUGAAAACAGCCCUGGAGCAAGGGGGGCUGGUGGACGGGGGCGGGGGCGCAGGCAGACAGGCCCUACACGAGGCGAGUGAAACAGGCCGAAGCGAGGUGGUGCGUCUGCUGCUGAGUCACAAGGCGCAGGUCAACAUCAGGAGCAAGAGGCAUGGGGAUGAGGGUGGUACGGCGUUCCACCUGGCGGCAGAGGCGGGUCACCUGGACGUCAUGGAGGAGCUGCUGAGGGCUGGCGCUGACCCCGAGAUCCGAGAUGAUAAAGGUCGAACAGCGAUGCACUGGGCAGCUUACGGGGGGCAGCUGGGCGCUCUUCAGGUCCUGGAGGGCCACGACAGCAACCUUCUAUUAGCCCUGGACAACGACCACUCCACGGCCCUCCACUUAGCAGCCGCCCAUGGAGACCUCGGGGUUGUCAAGUGGCUGGUGGGCCGAGGGAUGGAUCCAGGUGCACGUGACCACAGGAACAAGACCCCGAAAGACGUGGCGAAGGAGAGGAAGUGGCAAGACAUUCAUCUUUACCUCAAGCAGCACCAGUCGCCCUCUAAACGGAACCGGCCAGUCAGUCCAUGGCGAGGCUCCGCGGGCUACCUGUCCACACGCAGCAAGACGAGUCACGCCUCCGAGGACGACAUGAGCGUGAAGGAGGCUCCAGCAGUCCCAUCCAUUCUUGAGUCUCCUUCGCGAACUCACUCACCAACGCCGAAGGACUUCACCGCCACCACCAUCACCACCGCCAACGCUUCCUUCUCCUCCUCCUCCUCCUCCUCCUACAGACUCAAGGUUGCAGGACACUCGGCAGGGGCCUUGGAUGACAUCAGCGUGCACCACCUUGACCAAGAGCCGCGUGGGGCAUUGGGAACACAGGACAGGGACAAAGGCCGGAGGGAUGACGUUGACAGUGGACGAGAGGUGGACAGGGAAACCAUCACCUCCCUCAGGAGCCAGCUGGAGGCGCUGCAGGGGGAGGUGACAUGGCUCAAGGGGAAGGAGGCAGCCACACAGGAAGUGAUUCAGAGGAAGGAGGCGGAGAGGGAGGCGGCGAAGGUGGCGGAGGCCGAGAUGAAGGCGAAGGUGACCCAGCUGACGAGGCGACUGGAGGAGAAACUGAAGGAGGAAGGAGAAAGAAGCAAGGGAGAGAGAGCAGCCCCCCCAGGAUCCCCAAGCACCCAGGUCAAGAUGAAGGAGCUGCAGCGGAAGAACGAGUACAACCUCAAGAUCAUCGAGGACAUGAACGACGAGAUCGACGACUUGUACCGACAGGUGAAGGUGCUCGAGGUGACCACCGCCACCACGCAGAGCAAGCUGAAGGGGAAGGAGAGCCUCCUGGAGGAGGUGGAGGAGGAGGCCAAACAGACCGAAGAGAAGCUGAGGGAGGAGGUGGCCAGGCUCACCCGGAGGCUGGAGGACGAGAGGCAGAGGGUGGCGGAGGCACGGCAAGACUCGUGUUCCCUGCAGCAGUUGCAGGGGGAAGAUGCCGCCCUGAGGAGAACCAUCGGGUCCCUGCAAGAGCAGCUGCGGCAGCAGGAGACAGACAGCAGGCAACAGGCAGCAGCUCUCAGGAAACAGCUAUUGGAGGAAGAGGCGAACCACAGACAAGCCGUCGAGGCGCUGCGGAGGCAGUUGAAGGCCGAGGAAGACAGCAACAGGGCCGUGAUUGCCUCCCUGCGGCAGCAGCUGCAGGACUCCACCGAGGUGCAGGAGCAGGACUCUCACCUGCGGCAGUACAUCGCCUCGCUCAGGCAGCAGCUGCAGGAGGAGGAGGCCGCCAACAGGAAGUCCGUGUCUGGCCUGCGGCAGCAGCUGCAGGAGCAGGAGGCCAACAAGCGGGAGACGGUGGCCUCCCUCAGGCAGCAGAUGCAGGACCAGGAGGAAAGUAGCAAGCGGUCCAUCGCCUCGCUGAAGCAGCAGCUGCAGGAUGAGGAGGACAUCAACAGACAGACUAUCGCCUCUCUCAGGCAGCAGCUGCAGGAGGCCAGCAGCCAGCAAGAGACAGGGUCCUACAACAGGCAGCAGAUCACAGCCCUGAGGCAGCAGCUGCUAGAGGAGGGUGCCGCCCACAAGAAGACCAUCUCAGCACUGCGUCAGCAACUGCAGGACCAGGAGGACAGCCACGUGCAGGCCAUCACGGCCCUCAAACAGCAGCUGCAGGAGGCAACCAACAAGCUGCAGCAGGACGGUCUCCACAGGCAGCAGAUUGCGUCCCUCAAACAGCAGCUGGAGGAGCAGGAAGAGGCCAGCAGGAAGACCAUCGCCGUGCUGCAGCAGCAGAUGCAGAGGGAGGAGCAGAGCAACAGGCAGACGGUGGCCGAGCUGCGGCAGGACCUGAGCCGGCUGUCCCUGCGCCACACCGAGGGCGAGCACAAGUCCCUCUCGCUGCAGCGUGACCACGAUGACCUGCUGCGGGAGGCGGAGCAGAAGCAGGAGAGGAGCAGGAAGACCAUCGAGGAACUGAACGCCUCGGUGGCCACCCUCACAGGCAGGAUCAGGGAGCAGGAGGAGGCCUUCUCCUCGUGCAAGGAGGAGCUGCACUACAAGGAGAGGCUGCUGGAGGAGAGGCAGGAGGAGGCAAAGCUGAAGGAGGGAACACUGAGGGAAGAGGUGGAGCGCUCUGCCCGUCGUCUGGAGGAGGAGAGGCAGAAGGUCCAGGCGGCGCAGUCCCGCGAGCUCGAGACCUCCCGCAAGCUACACGAGCACGUCAGAGAGCUGGAGAGGAUCAUCGACUCCCUCAACGAUGACAUGGCCGAGAAGAACAGCAAACUUAGCGAGUACGAGCAGAUGGUGGCGUCCUACCAGGUUCAGCUACGCCACAAGGAACGCCAGCUGGAGCAGAAGGAGACGGCCGGGCAGCAGAGCGUGGCCACCCUCCAGCAGAAGGUUGAUGCUCUGGCCCAGAUCUUGGAGGAGGAGCAGCAGAAGGUGACCCAAGCGCAGGAGCAGCUGCAGGAGGCGGAGGAGAGGCACAGACAGGCAGUGGCAGGCCUAAGACAGCAGCUUCAGGAGGCGGUGGACGGGGCCGAGGAGGAGAGGCAGAAACACCAGGCCCUUCAGAAGCAACAGCAGAAGAGGAUCCAGGAGCUUUUGGUGCAGGAUCAACACCAGCGGAACACGGUCAACGAGAGGAACAACAAGAUCAAGGAGUUCGAACAGACCUUCUCUUCCUACGAGAUGCAGCUCCAAAACGCCCGGAAGCAGAUCGAGCAACACGAGGCGAACAAGCAGCAAACCAUAGGCGCGUUGAGUGCCGAGGUGGUGCGGUUUUCACAGAAGGUGGAGGACGAGAAGAAAAAGGCGAUUGUUGCUCAGAACCGCGCCGCGCAGCUUCUGGAGCAAGACAAGGUGAACAAGCUCAACAUCACCGACCUCUCCAACAAGCUGAGGGACUACGAGAAGACCAUCGCCACGUUCCAGCUCGACAAGGAACAGCUCCAGCAAGAGUUAGCGAGAAGUUACCGAGCGAAUGAGUCUCAUCAGGCAUCCUCCGCCCUCCAGGAUCAGCUGAAGGAGGCGCGCGCCCAACUGGAAACGGAGCAGCGGGAGAGGGCGAGGGAGCAGGAAGCAAGCAGGAACAGACUAGCUGCCUUGGAGGACGCCCUUGCCCGCUCCCCCCGCCAGGCCUCCGCGCCCUCACGCUCCAGAUCACGCUCAAGGGCUGAAACUCCAUCGAGGGUGGUCACCUUGAUGCCCACCGGCCUCCCUAACCUCGGCAACUCCUGCUACAUCAACUCGGUGGUGCAGUGCCUCUUCAGCGUCACCAUCCUCAGGGACUACUUCACCUCGGACACCUACAGACGUGACCUGUACCGGGGGAGUGAGCUGCAGGGGCAGGUGGCGGCCGCCUUGGCAGGGGUGUUCAAGGGCCUGGAGGAGGGCCGCGGCGAGAGGGACGUGCGGACCAAGAUCAAACACCUCAAGGACGUGGCCGGGGUGUGCAGUGAGGAGUUCCGCGGCUCCCAGCAGAGGAACGCCCACGACUUCCUCUCCUCCCUCCUCAACUGGCUACAUGAGGACCUGACGCGGCCCUCUGGCUCCUCGGUGGUCACCAAGAACUUCGCGGGCUCGGUGCGGGAUGUGGUGCGCUGCGACCGGAGUGGCGAGGAGGUCAAGAGGAGCUCGAGAACCUUCACCACCCUCAGCCUACCUGUGCCGAGGGGAAAAGCGUUCUCCCUGCAGGAUAUCCUCGAGAACCACUUCCGGCCACACAACGAAGAGUGGGAGUGCCCUCACUGCCGGAAGUCGCACGUUUGCCGCCAACACACGCGCCUCACCCACCUGCCGCCCCUCCUCCUCAUCCAUCUCAGCAGGGCCGGUAGUGGCUCUCGCGACUCACAGACGAAGAAGGUCAAAGUCACCUUCCCGAUAGAGAACCUCACCUUACAAGACUAUAUGGACCACAGAGACCGAAGCCCCUCCUACGAGCUCUUCGGCGUCGUGUCACACCAAGGCACCAUGAACGCCGGGCACUACACCGCCCUCUGCCGGAGCCCCCCAAGCCCCUCCUGGCACCUCUACGACGACGACAAGGUUAGCGAGGUCCCCGCCAGAAGGGUCCAGACAGAAGCCGACGUGCAUGUUCUGUUCUACUCUCUCCUGAAGACCUAGACAAUGGACCUCGAGUUUCGUUUUUCUUAGUUUUCCUUUUCUGCUUUGUUGCUGUUUUUUCAUUCUCUCUUUUUAAUGUGGUUAGAGGAGAUAGAUGAAGAGGUUAACAGAAAAGAAAAUGGGAUACUGUGGUCCUUAAGAGAGGCAGAUGAAGGCCUACACAAAGAAGAAUAGAGAGUGUGGUCUUUUUUAUUGCAGUAAGAGGAGGUAGAGGAAAGGAAAAUGAACCAGGGGACAUAGGGCCAGUCUUACAGUCCAGUCCAGCACAUUUGUAAGCUCCCCAACCAAACACAAAACACGACGAAAAUUCCUUGUAGAGUGUUUUUUUUCUUCACAUUUGUUACCUUUUUUUAUGCCCUUGAACUGACUCCUCCGCUGUAAAAAAAAAAAAUAAAUAAAUAAAUAAAUAAAAACUAUACAAGGAAUUUUCGUCGUGUUAUGUGUUUGGCUGGGGAGCUUACAAACGUGCUGUACUGGCCCUUAGUUUUUAUUGACAAGUAAAGAUGAGGUGCUUUUCUCUCUCGUUUGAUGCACUAAAACGAAGCAGAUGAAAAGGCUAAACAAAUAAGAGAAGGGGGAUAGAAGUGCGAAAGAUGGAAAAGGAGGAUAAAUGAAGGAUAUAGGAAAGAAAGUCAAGGUAUAGGGAAAAAAUAGGGAAAAAAGGAUGAAACAAAGGACAUAAGGAAAGAAAGUUAAAGCAUGGGAAAGAAAGUGAGGGAAAAAAAGAACAUAUGGAGAGAAAAUACAAAAAAAAGAAAAAAAAAAAAGGAUAUACUGAGGUUAUGUUAAUUUUUAUAUAUCAUUUUAUACGCGUUUUCUUACACUGUUUUUUACACGUAAUUAAGUUAAGUCAAAGGGGAGACGGAGGCGUUGGCGAUAUAGGUAAUAAUGAGCUAAAUAACUUCUAAUUAGUGUGUCGUAAAUGAGGAUGUCCAGUUAAAUACAAUGAUCAAAUAGCUAUGUCCAAUUUUAUCUAUCCAACUGAACGUCUGAUUUAAAAUGUACAAAUGAAUACACCCACGAAUAUGUCCAUUUAAAUGUCUCUAAGUGAAUGUCUAGUUAGAUUAUGUAGAAUUAAAUGCCUCCUACUGAUUGCCUAACUAAAUAAGUACAAAUAUAUCAAUGUCCAAUCAGAUAUCUCCUAUUGAAUGUCUGAUGAGAUAUGUCCUAUUGAGUAUCUUCAAAUGAAUGUCUAAUUAGAUGUGUCCUAUUAAGUAUCUCCGAAUGAAUGUCUGCUUAAAUAUAUACAAAUAAAAAUGUUCGGUUAAUUAUG